AUGCUCAGAAAGGCUCUAGGCGCUGUCCGUACCACUCCUAUACACAUGCUCCACUUCGACACCGCGGUGCUGACACCAACCGAGAGGUUACGCAUGAAAGCCGAGGCUUACAUGGUAAGAACGCUCACGAGAUCUGGCGAUCAUCCCGCGCGUAACAUCGUAACAAGUAUUCUGCGUAAACCAAGGAAGAAGUUCACUUCUCCCCUGAACGCAAUGGUGCGCAAUACACCAAUGCUUGAGGGUCUAAAGGAGAUGGAAACUAUAGUAGCCCAUCCUUUCGUACCCUGGGUACCUGCAACACUAAGCUUUUCACGAGCAGAGGAUAAAGACCAAGCAAAAGCACAGCACACGGAAUUAUGUAGACAAUACCACAAGUCAUGGCACUUCUAUACAGAUGG